ACUACUAAGGCGGAAGGAGGCUACAAGCAGUGGAUAAUGUCAGAUCCCCCCUCUCCCAUUCUACCUGACGCUCCUCUCUGGCUGCUCCAGGGCUGAUCUCUGUAAGAAAUAGCAGGAACUGUGGCAGCGACUAGAGGAAGCGGCCGAGACGCGUGGAACCUGGAAAAGUCUGGGUGCUCGGGUUUAGCUCAUAGCGAGGUCCCAGCCAGCCGUCAGCACCAUGGACAGCAGCACCGUCCCCACCAACGCCAGCAACUGCACUGAUUCCUAUACGCACUCUUCAAGUUGCUCCCCGGCACCUAGUCCCAGUUCCUGGGUCAACUUCUCCCAUCUAGAUGGCAAUCUGUCCGAACCAUGCGGUCCGAACCGCACGGCGCUGGGCGGGAGCGACAGCUCGUGCCCUCCGACCGGCAGUCCUUCCAUGAUCACGGCCAUCACCAUCAUGGCACUCUACUCCAUCGUGUGCGUGGUGGGUCUCUUCGGAAACUUCCUGGUCAUGUAUGUGAUUGUCAGGUUCCAUAGAUUGUACACUCACAUUCUCUCACCCAACCUGGUAUUGGGAAAACCUGCUGAAAAUCUGUGUUUUCAUCUUUGCCUUCAUCAUGCCCGUCCUCAUCAUUACCGUGUGCUACGGACUGAUGAUCUUACGCCUCAAGAGUGUCCGUAUGCUCUCUGGCUCCAAAGAAAAGGACAGGAAUCUGCGAAGAAUCACCAGGAUGGUGCUGGUGGUUGUGGCUGUGUUCAUUGUCUGCUGGACUCCCAUUCACAUUUAUGUCAUCAUCAAAGCCUUGAUUACAAUCCCAGAAACUACGUUCCAGACCGUUUCCUGGCACUUCUGCAUUGCUCUAGGUUACACAAACAGCUGCCUAAACCCAGUCCUUUACGCAUUUCUGGAUGAAAAUUUCAAACGAUGCUUCAGAGAGUUCUGUAUCCCAACUUCCUCUACCAUUGAGCAACAGAACUCCACUCGAAUCCGUC